CGUCCCAAAAAUGGCGGUUCCUUGCCACCGGCCACCAUUGGCCCCAUUUUUUCCGGCGAGCCAGCCAGUCCUCUCCUUUCCCACCCCGUUCAAGCAAAUUUAGCAACCGACAAAUAACUAACCGCCUCUAUUAACACGCGACCACCUAAUUCGAUUCUCUAUUUUCCUCCCCCUUCCCGUCCCUCCGCCACCCGCGCAUGCACGCCAUGAGGCCACCGCUCGUCGCCUGCUUCGCCGUCCUCCUCGCCGCCGCGGCGGUUGCUCCGCCGGCUGGCGCCGUGUGCGUGCCGCGAAAGCCCGGAGCGGCCGCCAAGGUCCCGCCUCCCGCCAAGGUGGCGCCGAAACCGACGCCGACACCGAAGCCCACGCCGGUCGCCCCCGGCGGCGACGUCGUGAAGGCCAUGUGCGCCAAGGCGGACGACCCGAAAUUCUGCCAGGAUUCCAUCGCCAAGCAGCCACCUCUACCCGGCGGGAAGAAGCUGGACGGCGCCGGCGUGCUGAAGCUGGCCAUGAACGCGGUGCGGGCCAAGGCGGCGGAGGCCAAGAAGACGGCCACGGCGCUCGCCGCCGACCCCAAGACGCCCAAGCUGGCGGUGGGCCCGCUCAACGACUGCGCCGACUCGUUCGACGACAUCUCCUACAGCCUGGACCACGCGGAGAAGGCCAUUGCCGCCGGCGACAAGGACACCACGGGCACCAUGCUCGACACCUGCCACACCGACGUCGACACCUGCGAUCAGGGCUUCGAGGACCGCGAGGAGCUCAAGCCGCUCAUGGCCAAGCAGGACGCCGAGCUCGGCAAGCUCGCCAGCAACUGCCUCGCCAUCGCCGAGGCCGCCGGACUCAUCCCUCCGUCCUAGUGGAAAGUCGCUCAAACGUGUUGCAAGUUUGGGUCGAUCUGAUUGUAACAUUUUAAGAUCAACAGAUGUGUGUUUUACUUUCUGAUUCUUGGUGUAGAUCUGAUUAACUCUUUGAUGCCGAUCUCUAUAUGACAAUGUGACAUUUUACAAAGGAACAAAAAUUAAUCUGCUUC